UGAUGAAUUACCAGAAGAAACCAACAUGUUAGAGGAUGAAAGAGAAAAUGAAAAGGAAGGCAAUGCUGAGUGUGAAGAAGAGGAGAACACGGAGGAGGUCCUCGCAGAUGAGAAGGCUCAACCAGAGGACACAGAUUCAAGUACUGAAGAUAUAACAGGACAGGAGAUUAAGAAACAGACAGCUCUAAAAGAGAACUGGAUCCCCAGCAUCGUCUGCAGCAUUACUAAAGAUAUCUACCAUUAUGUAGGGGAGGAUAUCGUUAUUUAUGAAUCCAUAGACUCUUUUGGAGCAAUGAUGUGGCCAGCGGCGUUGGCUUUGUGCUCCUUCCUGGAAAACAACAGGCACAUGGUAAACCUGAAGGGAAAGGUGGAGCUGGGAGCAGGGACAGGACUGGUGACCAUUGUGGCCAGUCUGCUGGGAGCUUCGGUCACAGCCACAGAUUUGCCAGAGAUGUUAGGGAAUCUCCGGGCUAAUGUGAUGAGGAACACCAGAAACCGCUGCAGACACACGCCCCAGGUGGUUGCUCUGCCAUGGAGCUACGACCUGGAACGCACCCACCCAUCAUCGGUCUACCACUACGACUACAUUCUGGCAGCUGAUGUGGUCUACCAUCACAACUAUCUGGGUGAGCUUCUGGUCACCAUGAAGCAUUUCUGCAAACCGGGAACAACUCUGAUCUGGGCCAACAAGGUCAGGUUUGAGUCUGACUUGACUUUCACUGAGAACUUUAAAAAGGCCUUUAACACAAGCUUAUUGGCCGAGGAUGGAGAGAUGAAGAUCUUCAUGGCAACAAGUAGAGACUGAGAGGCCAAAAAGGUGUGGUUAGAUUUCCUGAGACGCUCCCAUGAGAUAAGCCAUUGAAGUGUACAAAUUGCCAGCAAUUCAAAUGGCUCCAUUGAAAUAAUCCAGUGUUUACCAAUGCUGCUUUGAGCUUGAACUAAAAUUUGUUACCUGCUGUUUUAUACAUGUUGGUGGGGGAUAAAAGAAAAAUCUGAGGAGAUGAGUGUGAGUUUGGAUCUGCUUUGGCAGUAAGGUUUGCUGAACAAAUGUUCAGAUACCAAAUUCAAGGCUGCUGAAAAUGUGAUCAGUUUUGAAAAUAAUCGCCCAAAAUAUGCAAAAUCAUCUGCCUUCUAUGGUGCAGUCCCUUUCUAGACUCAUCAGACACUUUCUUGUGGGUGCAUGUUACACUGGUCGACAAUAACCAUCAUAUGGGAAAAUUUUCUGUAUCAUGCUGAUAACACACAUCUUGUACACUUUUGUAGAGUUAUAUUACAUCCUCCAACACUCUACACUCAUAUUUUGUAAUUAAUACUUAACUAGAGCCGAUACACACUUACCUACCACUUUAUUAGGUACACCUUGCUAGUACUGGGUUGGACCUGUUUUUGUUUUUUUGUUUUCUUCAGAACUGCUUUAAUUCUUCAUGGGAUAGAUUUAAACAUCUCUCAGAGAUUUUGUUCCAUGUUAACAACAACCGCUCUGAGAUUAUUUGAGCUUUGGGAUAUUGUGGAUUAUCCUGAUAGAAGUUGCCAUCAGGAGACGGGUACAAAUAUCCUCCACACCAUUACACCACCACCACCACUAGCUUAAACCAUUGAUUCAAAGUAGGAUUCAUGUUUUCAUGUUGUUUACAUCUCAUUUUGACCCUAAACAUCACAGCAGAAAUCCAGAUGUUUUUACAAUCUUCUAUUGUCCAGUUUUGGUGAAUCCAUGUGAGUAGCCUCAGUUUCCUGUUCUAGCCAACAGGAGUGGCACCCGAUGUGGUCUUCUGCUAUUGCUUCAAGGUUUUGCAUGCUGUGUGUUCAGAGAUGCUCUUCAACAUACCCUGGUUUUAAUGGGUGAUCGGCUUCCCAACAACCUAACAUAUUCACUUUCCCAAAAAAAUCUGACUUUUUAUCCUUGCAGGCCUAUAAAUAGUCAGUUUAUGGCAGAUGACUUUGUUGUUGCUUAGACUUGAACUGUCAUAUUAAGAUGACUUUUAGCCAUCUUUUUCCUCAGAUGGUAGAAUAAGAGGCAGACAAGAAGCUUGGGGAACAGAAAAGACACACAACAAUAAUAAAUGUAGGUUGGAGAAAGGUGUAUUAAAGGCACCAAUUUUGUCUAU